AUCCAAUUCGUCAGAGGACGACGCCGAUAUCCCUUCCAUCUCCACCAACGCACCCGAAAUGUCGUCUUCAUCUCAGCCCUGCUACUUUGGCAUCGACGUAGGCACUGGGUCUGCGCGAGCCAUCCUCGUCACCGCAGACGGCGAGGUUUUGGCCACGCACUCACAGAAUACAAAGACGUGGCGAAGCCCAGACGACUCCAGGAUCUUUCAGCAGUCGACAGGCGACAUAUGGGCAGCAAUUGCUGCCUGCGUCAACAAGUGUCUCGUCGUGUCCAAGGUAGACCCAGCUCGAGUGAAAGGUCUUGGCUUCGACGCUACUUGCUCCCUCGCCGUUGUAGACGAUGAGGGUAAGCCAGUCGACGUCAGUCCACCUCAGCAUGGACAGCAGUGGGGGUCGUCCUCCUUGCGAACCAGCCAGGACAGCUUUGUGCCCAAUAUUGUCCUCUGGGCGGACCACCGAGCUGAAGAGGAGGCGCGUACCAUCAAUUCUACGGGCCACAAGGUCCUCGACUACGUUGGCGGAUCAAUGUCGCUUGAGAUGGAGAUUCCCAAGACGCUCUGGCUCAAGAAGAACAUGCCCGACUUGCUCUUCUCGCGCUGCCAAUUCUUCGACCUCCCGGACUGGCUCACCUACAAGGCCACGGCAUCGACCGCUCGCUCUACCUGCUCCCUCGUUUGUAAGACGUCGUACAUCCCGCCUGGUGUCGCCGGUUCCACCAUUGGAUGGUCGCCAGACUUUCAUCAAGCCAUCGGCCUGGGUUGCCUCACCGACAAUGACUUCCAUCAGAUCGGAGGCGUGCCCGGCAAGAAUGGCCUCGUCCAAGUGGCUGGCCAGCCUGUAGGCCAAGGCCUGACAAAGGAAGCAGCGGCCGACUUGGGGCUUCUGCCUGGUACAGCAGUUGGCUCAGCCCUCAUCGACGCCUAUGCUGGCUGGGUGGGUACCGUAGCCGCGCCAGCCACUAAUGAGCCCGGUUCGGCCAACGUCUCCCUCGCCUCGUCCAAGCACCGUCUGGCGGCUAUCGCAGGGACGUCGACGUGCUACUGCGUGCAAGCUCAGGGUGGCAACGACGAUGGCGUUUUUGUCGAGGGCGUCUGGGGCCCCUAUAAGGACGUCGUCUUUCCUGGCUUCUGGCAGAAUGAAGGUGGGCAGAGCUCGACGGGUCAGCUCAUCGAUUUCAUCAUUGAGACACACCCGGCGACUCCGCAGCUCAAGGCUCAAGCAGAGCGCGAGGGCACCAGCUUGUUUGCCCUCCUGGACGGCAUCCUUGCUUCCCUGGCCAAGCGGCACAAUGCCUCGACACUCGUACACCUUACGCGCGACCUGCACAUCUAUCCUGACCUGCACGGCAACCGCUCUCCGCUCGCAGACCCGUCGAUGAAGGGCAUCAUCUCGGGCCUCACCCUCUCGUCCGGACCAGAAGACCUUGCGCUCAAGUACCUUGCGACUCUCGAAGCCAUCGCGCUCCAGACGCGACAGAUCAUCGAAAAGAUGAACAGCAAGGGACACGAGAUCGAUUCAAUCUACAUGAGCGGCUCGCAGGCAAAGAACGAAACGCUGAUGCACCUUCUCGCCGACGGCUGCAACGUCAAAGUCUUGAUCCCAGAAGGCGGAGGAGCGACAGCCGUUGUGAAAGGGUCGGCAAUUCUCGGUCGCUUUGCACACGAGGUCAGCGACAAGCGCGCCGCCCUCGCCACGCAGGGUGACGUGACCGCAGCAGGAUGGGAGGACCGCGAGCGACUGUGGGACCUCAUGGUAACAAUGACGAAGGCAGGGCAUUUUGUGUAUCCAUCUGGUAACGAGUCAGAGAAGAAGCUGCUGGACGCCAAGUAUCGCAUCUUCCUAGAGAUGAUCGACGCGCAGAGGAGGUGGAAGAAGAUGAUGGACGAGGCGAUGGCAUGAUGCGCUUUGCUCUGAGCGACUAGUACAAUCAUAAUCGCAUUCAGUCUUCCCCGCG